AUGCUUGCCGUUACCGAUAAUAUCUCUCAAAAGACCCAAAGACAACCCUCCAAGGUUGUGAUUACGAUCGUUGGUGGUGGUAAUUGCAGUCAUAUCAUGGCCGGAAUUUUCGGUUCUAACCCUAAUUAUGAGGUGCGACUUUUAACCCGACGUCCAAAGGAAUGGAAUUCUCAAAUCACGGUGGAAUUUAAGUUAAACAAACCCAAGUGGAUUAUCAUUUCUUCCCUCAUCUUGACAUCUUACGUAAUAUCGCCUUUCGUCUCUCCCGGAUCUUACCUUGGAACCGUCUUUGCUCAAGGUGGAUUUCAAUACAAAGUCAAACAAGCUUUCAACGAGGCUUACGGAAAAUGUGCCGUUCUAUUAGGUCACAAGCAGUAUCUUUUCGUGGCCAAGUUACCAACACAAUGUCCGAACGCUUCCAAGUUUUACGUCGAAAUGAAAAAGUUGUUUGCCAUCCCCGUACGACCACUAUCUAAUUUCCUUUCGAUCACCCUGACACCCUCAAAUCAAAUCAUUCAUCCGGCCAGAAUGUUCGGAUUGUUUGGUAAAGAUUUCAAUGAUGAUAAGGAGAACGACGUGUUAUAUCAACGAGAACCUUACUUUUAUGGGGAACUGGAUGAUAGGUCGGCAGAUCUCAUGCAACGUCAGUCGGACGAAUUGCAGGCGUUGAAAAAUGAAUCGCUGGCUCGUAGUCCUGAUUUGGAUUUAAGCAGCGUCAUGGAUUUAAAAGAGAGGAUCGUGGAGAUGUAUGCAACGGAAGUUGAUGACACGUCAACCCUUCGAAGCACCAUCUCUACCAACGUAGGAUGGACUCAACUGAAAUGUCCGAUGGUUCCAAUCUACUCAUCAGUUAAACCGGAUUCAUCAUCACCGUCAUGUCCGAUCGAAUCGAGAGAAAAGUCAAAGGGUGUGAUCUUGAAAGGUUACAAACCUGAUUUCUCGACUAGAUACAUGUGGGAUGACAUACCUUACGGUUUGGUCGUGCUCCGAUCCGUUGCUAGUUUACUUAACGUGGAAGUACCAUGCAUCGAUGAAGUCUUGUACUGGGAACAAAGCGUUAUGGGUAAAGAAUAUUUGGUCGAUGGUGAGUUGAUCGGAAAAGAUAUUCAUGAGACCGGUGCCGUCUCUAACUUUGGCAUUUUAUCACCCGAAGAAUUGUUUGAGUGA